UGGAAGAUUUUCAGAAUCUUUCCAUGGGAAUUGAAUUUUGGACACUGUUGGAAUUCAUGAUGUUAGUUAAAGGGAAUUAACUGGAAAUGUUGGGUAAUGUUUACACACAUCAUUAAGAAAAUAAAAAAAAUAUUUAAUUGUAAGCUAUGUAUUUUUUGUUAAAACGUGGAACACUGAAGAUUAAAUACACAUUAACACAAUUAAAGACAAACAUUUUAGCAACAAACAAGACAUAUUGUCAAAGUCCUGUAACUUCCCCAUUCAUUCCCAUGGAAACUUUCCAAAUAUCCCAGCUGUGCGCUAGGUCUUGGAAUAAUUGCUAUUCCAUAGGCGUAUGCCACAUUUUUGCCUAAUGCUUCUCUCAAAAGGCUCGUGACAUCAGUGUAAAUGUGUGUAUGAUUUUAUGACAAAUAUUUCAGUGUGCGCUGCCAUUAUCUGCUGUGAGUCAGAUGGCCAACCUUUGGAACAAGCUAACAAGCUUCAGGUUGAGCGAAGCAUAACCCUGAACUAUGUACGGUAACCAGAAAUAAAUAACAUCUCAGCUGUUUGUAAAACCACGCGGAAUGACAAAGUAUACCUAUGACAAUAUAAAUGAGAUGCACUGCUACGGUAUUACUAGCAUUUAAAGGGAAAGAGUUUUCUUCAAGUGCUAUGAUUUCAUUCGUCACGUCACUGCUGCCGACAUCCUACUUGACAGGGUGGUGGGCUCUUAACAUGAAUCUGCUGUGUCGUUUGCUUCAAGGGUUUGUGGGUGCAUGUGGAAUCUCUGUGCUCGGCUCCCUUCUCAGAGUGCGCUUGUAUGUUGAGGAGGAAAGCUGGAGUGACAAAGCUGCAUCUAGUCAGAGGAGGGUUAAAUGUAGACUGGCGAGGAAGCUGCACUUUGUCUUUGUGGCUGGGAUUCUGGCUGCUGUCGGUUCUCGUGUGGCCUCACUAGUGGUGCUGGAAUUUUGUCUUCGCGCUGUCUCUGGAUGGGUUGCACGGGGAAUGGACUCUCUAAAGUUGCUCCAGCGCCUCAUGAUUCAAAGCCAAUUCUCCCUGGGAUGUGCCCUUGGCUGCACACUACAAUUCCUCCACGAAGGGGCUCCGCAUCGCUGGCUGUGCUCGCUGCUGGCUGCGGCGCUCAGCUGUUGGCUGGCCAGGAAGGCCUCGGCCUUAGAGUGGCACGUCGCGACUCUUUACAAACUGCACAGCUCGCAACGCUACUGCGGCAUUUGCAUCACCCUGCUGACAAACGGCCGCGGCCCUCUGUUACUUCCCGUGCUAUGCGGGAUACUCACCGUCACCUUCGCCAUGGCUGUGGUGGCAGCUGUAGUGAUCAUCAAUCAACACUUUCUGUCCGCAACAGAAGCACUUCGGUUUUGGACACCGCUGACAAUCUGUUACAGUCUGCUGGUGGUGUACAUGCAGGACGAGCAGCAUGAUCUGCCAGCAAACCAGGCGCUCCUGAUCUCAUUGGCGGUGCGUCUCGGUGCAUUGAUGGUCCUGAUGUUGACUGUUGGACGCUGGGCUGAUGUACUCCACAUUCUCGUGUGUUUCCUGGGUGAGGCAAGCUGUCUGAUCCCCGCAACAGAUCUCCUGAAUGCAACCUCCUCGCAGGUCAGUGAUCCUCAGCUCAAAAUGCUCCCAGAGUCAAAGGAUAUUAACAGCUUGGGAAAUAUGUGCAAUUGUGUUUCCAGGAAUGAACAUAAUAGAUUUUUAAGGAUUCCCUUGGCCAGAUGGAGUGCAUUGUGAGAAUGUGACCAGCAGAGGUGCUGUUCGAGUAGAGUAGUUUGUAAGUAAGUAGAGUAGUUUGUAAUCUGUCCAAAAAAACAACAACGUGACUUCAUUUGGAAGUUGAGGUACAUCCAAGUAUACCUCAUAGACAUCUAUAAGCGAUGCACCAAUUGAACCGAUCAUAUGUCAGGAUGUCAGUCAUCAUGUGACAGUCUUUGAUCAAAACUUGAGCAAGGGUGCUGUGUCAUUGUUCUGCUUGGGGUUGCACAAAUUGCCAUACAGUCAUGAAUAAAUUGCGUGGGAUUACCUCU